ACUUCCAAAAGAGGGUGGAAUGGGGGUGAACGAUGAGGAAAUAAUCUCUCCCCGGCACAGCCCGGGGGCCAUCUGGUUGUCAGCAGCGCCUGCGCGGGAGCUGUCCUCCCUCCCGGUGGAGGAUGCGCGCGCAGCGCUUUCGGCCAUCCGGAAGUUUGCGUAGGACAGCUAAGGAUAGUGUUAAGAUGGAGUUGCCAGCCCAGUGAAUCGGAGGGCCAGACUGUGACCCCUUAAAGCAUGUUCACCUUCUGUCCAGACUGUGGCAAAAGUAUUGAAGCCUCAUUCAAGUUCUGCCCCUACUGCGGAAAACCUUUGUCCUUAGCAGAGCAUGAAGGGUCCCAGACCUUUGUCAGACCGCGUACGUCAUCCUUCCGAGGCUCAAGGAGACAAAGCAACUCCAGUCCUGAGAUCCCUUGUAAGAAAGUGAAAUGGUCCAGCUCUGUCACCUCCCCCUCCUCAUCCCUCUGCUUAGAUGGUGACAGUUCUGGGUCUGAAGAUACUGUGAGAUCCAAAGGGUCCUGGAGCAGACCCCCAACCCCCAAAAGCAGCCCACAGGCAACCAAGCGAAGCCCGCAGGCGACGAAGAGAAGCCCACAGACACUGAAGCGGAGCCGGGUGACAACCUCACUUGAGGCUCUGCCCACAGGGGCGGUGGUGACAGACAAGAGUGGGCGGCACUGGAAGCUGGGACCCCUCCAGACCAGGGAUGACCAGGGCAUUCUCUAUGAAGCUGAGGCUCUUUCCACCCUCGCCUGCAAGUCAAGUCAGAAGCAGAUGUUCUCGCUUAAACUUGAUGCCAAGGAUGGGCGCUUGUUCAACGAGCAGAACUUCUUCCAGCGGGCCGCCAAGCCUCUGCAAGUGAACAAGUGGAAGAAGCUGAACUCGACCCCCCUCCUGGCCAUCCCCACCUGCGUUGGUUUUGGGAUUCACCAGGACAGGUACAGGUUCCUGGUGUUUCCCAUGCUGGGGAGGAGCCUUCAGUCGGUCCUGGAUGACAACCCGAAGCACGUCUUGUCGAUGAAGUCUGUGUUCCAGAUGGCCUGCCGGCUGCUGGAUGUCCUGGAGUUUCUCCAUGAGAAUGAGUACGUCCAUGGAAAUGUGACAGCUAAGAACAUCUUUGUGAAUCCAGAGGACCUGAGCCAGGUGACACUGGCAGGCUACGGCUUCACCUUCCGCUAUGCCCCCGGUGGCAAACACGUGGCCUACGUGGAAGGCAGCAGGAGCCCCCAUGAGGGGGAUCUUGAGUUCAUGAGCCUUGACCUGCACAAGGGAUGCGGGCCAUCCCGCCGCAGUGACCUCCAGACCCUGGGCUACUGUUUGCUGAAAUGGCUCUACGGGAUACUUCCAUGGACAGACUGCCUUCCCAAUAUCGAGGAUAUCAUGAAACUGAAACAGAAGUUUCUUGACAACCCAGAGACCCUCGUGGGACAGUGCAGUCACUGGAUCUGUCCCUCAGAGACCCUGCAGGAGUACAUGAAGGUGGUGAUGACCCUCGAGUACGAUGAGAAGCCGCCCUACAACAUGCUGAGGAGCAGUCUAGAAGACCUGCUACGGGAUCUGCGGUCGUCAGCCUAUGACCCAGUGGACCUCCAGAUGGUUCCAUAGAGGAUCCUGAUGAACAAGACACACUGAGGUCCUCGAGUUUACGGACCCUCCAAUCAAGUGGAAGGAGAAGCCAUCAAGUGAGACGACAGCUUGGGGCUGUGCUCCACAUCCUGGAGGAAAGGCGUGGUGCUGUGAUGGAGACCAAGGGUAGGGGAGGCACCUUGACAGAGAGCCUAGAUAGAGCGAUGGUGGAGGAGGCAGGCACAGCUGCCCCCGGGGAGCAUGAGGCCUGGGCAGUGGCCAUGGCUGGAGGAAGGGAGGGCCUAUGGGGAGAUUUUGGUGCCCAUUCUUUGUCUUCUACACCUCGCCUCUACCUCCAAGUAAAACUCUGGCCCAGAGUUGAUUAGAUAUUUAUGGUGCAGGGGCUGGUGGUGGGUUUUUUGUUUUGCUUUGUUUUUGUUGUUAUUGUUGUUGUUGUUGUUCAGUAAUUUUUACUACAGGGCACCUGGGUGGCUCAGUCAGUUGAGCAUCUGCCUUCAGCUCAGGUCAUGGUCCCGGAGGCUAGGGAUUGAACGCCACACUGGGGUCCCUGCUGAGCAGGGCCUCUGUUUCGCCCUCUCCCUCUGCUCCUUCUCUCUCUCUCUCUCUCUCUCAAAUAAAUAAAUAAAUAAAAUCUUUUUAAAAAUAAA